AUGUCUGUGGAUGAAGGGGGCAGUGGUUUUCUGUGGACUAGAGAACAAGAUAAGGCAUUCGAGAAUGCACUCGCUACUUAUCCUGAAGAUGCUUCAGAUCGAUGGGAAAAAAUUGCAGCUGAUGUACCUGGGAAAACUCUAGAAGAGAUUAAACAUCACCAUGAGCUUCUGGUUGAGGAUAUUAGCCAGAUUGAAGCUGGCUGUGUGCCUUUACCUUGUUAUAGUUCUUCUUCAGAAGGUUCAACGAGUCAUGCUGGUGAUGAAGGAACUGGAAAGAAGGGUGGUCACUUAGGGCAUCAUAAUAGUGAGUCCAAUCAUGGAAAUAAAGCUUCAAGGUCAGAUCAGGAACGCCGUAAGGGAAUUGCUUGGACUGAGGAUGAGCACAGGUUAUUUCUCCUUGGUUUGGACAAAUAUGGAAAGGGUGAUUGGCGAAGUAUAUCAAGAAACUUUGUCGUGACAAGAACACCUACCCAAGUAGCAAGCCAUGCUCAGAAGUAUUUCAUUCGUCUCAACUCAAUGAACAAAGAUAGGAGGCGCUCCAGCAUUCAUGAUAUCACCAGUGUUGGCAAUGGGGACAUUGCAACACCUCAAGGACCAAUAACUGGUCAAACAAAUGGUUCUGCAGCGGGAGGUUCCUCGGGCAAAGGAGCUAAACAACCUCCUUCACACCCAACUGCCCCCACAGGAGUUGGUAUUUAUGGUCCUCCAACUAUAGGUCAGCCUAUAGGAGGUCCCCUCGUUUCAGCAGUUGGCACCCCAGUGAAUCUUCCAGGCCCAGCACACAUGGCUUACGGUGUUAGAGCUCCCGUACCAGGAACAAUGGUUCCUGGUGCACCGAUGAACAUGGGUCCUAUGACAUAUCCAAUGCCGCCUACAACCACUCAUAGGUAA